GGAGAAUAUGUCGGCAUCCGCACCGAUGGACGAGAAGUCCACUGAAAGAAAAUCACAACAUUCAAACCAGAUGCCAGGGAAGUAGGCAAUGCAGCAAAGACUCUCACAUCAACUACUUCCUACUGUUCCUCAUCCCCGUCUCCUAAUACAGCCAAUAUGAGCUCCUCUGCCCUUGGUAGCAAAACUCUCCCACCUUCCAGCUCCUCUUCCUCAUCUUCAUCUUCUUCAAUCGGCACUUCGCCAGUUGUCAACCCACCACCAAAGAUCCACCGUGCUCGAAAGACUAUGAGUAAAGCUCCCCCAACACAGGUGAGGUGUAUUGAGGCAGCUAUUGUUCCAGUAGCCCCUGAGGAGCCCUUGACCAGCUUGGCAUCAGACCUUGACACAGCUGUGAAGAGAAGAAAAGUGGGCACAGAUAUGGAACACACCCCUUCGCCUAAAGAGAAGGCAGAGAAAGGUGCAGCUGUUGUACCAGAGCCGGUUAAUGUGUCCACCGCUCCAGAAAAAGUAGAACCAGUCACCGUAGCAACCAAAGACCAUGGAAGUGGCUGGCUGGAAGACCUGGAUGAUGACGCUGAUGAGGAGGACUUCCAUCUCCUCUAUAACAGCUAUGCAGGAGAUGAUGUCAUAUUCUCUGACAGCAAGUCAGAAGAUGGGAUGCUGGAGGACCAGCCUUGUGGAAGGGAAGGAGAGGAGUCUGGGAACUUGUCUGACCCUAGCCCACUGGCUGAGAAGCAGCAUGGGAAACUCCAGAAGAAAGAGGGCAGGAAUGGGUCGCCGUGGGCAGCCCUAGGACGGGGCAGAGGAAGAGAACAGACCAGCACGGUGGAGGAUGAUGCUGCAGAGCCACCCUCGGGCCCGGCUGCAGCUCCUGGGGGCGUGUCCAGUGACUACACAGAGGUGCCAUUGGGCUCCCUGGACAUAUCCGCAGCAGACAGUCUCACUCUCUCCCCACACCCUGAGGGCAGUGACAGUGGGGAGACGGAGCGCCUGGAGGAGCUGCCGUUGUGUAGCUGCAGGAUGGAGGCUCCUCGCGUGGACGGCCUGAGUGCAAGAGGCAGCCGCCUCUGCAUGGCCGUUGAAAGUGUCAAUGGAGAGCUGGUGGGGUGCGCCAGCACUGUGGUGAAGGGGGAGACCAUGCGGCCCUCCAGUCGAGUGUCCCUCAUGGUGCUGUGUGAGAACCACCGCUCACACAUGGUCAAACACCACUGCUGUCCAGGCUGUGGCUACUUCUGCAUCUCGGGCACGUUUCUAGAGUGUUGUCCUGAUGUGCGUAUCGCUCACCGUUUCCACCGGGGUUGUGUGUCCGUUUUGGGAGGUGGGCGUGGUGGUAGGGGGAUGAAUGGUGGCCUGCUCUUCUGCCCUCACUGUGGAGAGGAUGCCUCGGAGGCUCAGGAGGUCACCAUAACACCCCCAACAUCUUUGGCCACAACUGUGGUCACCGCAUCGGCCUCCACCACUACGCCAGCACUACCGCCCCCCCUCACAUCCCCUGUGGCAGCAGGGGCAUUAAGCAAUGGGAAGAGGCCAGGAGGACCUGUGAGUGCGAGGAUGCGAGGCCGAGGCAACAUGAGCCGCCCACCUGAGCAGCCCCCGGCUCCUCCCCCUCCCCCCAGCGCACCGACAGGAGUCAGCGCAGACGCCGCCACUCCCGGCGAGGGGGGCGUGGACAGUGUGGGCCCCUCCCUCUGUCUGCCCAAUGGCAAACCCAUUUGCCCCAGCGCACUUCCACAGGGGGACAGGAGGACGGCGCUGCAGAAGGCCAUUCUCACGCAGGACUCGGAGAGGAAGAAGAAGCUGAGGUUUCAUCCACGGCAACUGUAUCCAGCAGCCAAGCAGGGAGAGGUGCAGAGAGUUCUGCUCAUGCUCAUGGAGGGCAUUGACCCCGCCUACCAGGCGGACUCUCAGAGCAGACGCUGUGCUCUCCACGCGGCGGCCCAGCGGGGCUUUCUGGAGGUCUGCUACCUACUGGUGGAGGCUGGUGCUAAAGUGGACGCCCAAGACAAAACACUCAGGACUCCUCUACUUGAGGCGAUCGCUAACAGUCACAUGGAUGUGGUGCGCUAUCUGAUCCAGAGUGGAGCCUGUGUCUACCAUGCUGAGGAAGACGGGUCCACAGGUCUACACCACGCCGCCAAACUUGGUCACCUGGACAUUGUGAGACUGCUCCUGGGAACAGGACAGGUGGACGUGAAUGCCCAGGAUAGUGGUGGCUGGACGCCCAUCAUCUGGGCAGCAGAGCACAGGCACUUAGAUGUGAUCAGAGCUCUGCUGGACAGAGGAGCAGAUGUCAUGCUGAAAGACAAGGAGAUGAACGUGUGCCUGCACUGGGCAUCCUUCGCGGGGAGUGCAGAGAUUGCGGAGCGUAUUUUGAAUGCUGGAUGUCCAUUGUCAUCGGUCAACAUGCAUGGGGACACACCACUACACAUCGCUGCCCGGGAGGGAUACCUGGACUGUGUCACGUUAUUCCUUUCAAGAGGGGCUGACAUUGACGUCAUGAAUCGUGAAGGAGACACGCCCCUCUCUCUAGCACGCUGUGAUUCGCCAGUGUGGGUAGAACUUCAGAUCAACAGGAAGUUGCGCAGGGGAAUAGCCAACCGCAUUGUUCGGACAGAGAGAAUCAUUUGCAGUGAUGUAGCCCAGGGAUAUGAGAACGUGCCUAUCCCAUGUGUGAAUGCAGUAGAUGAUGAGGGCUGCCCCUCAGACUACAAGUACAUUUCAGAGAACUGCGAAACCUCAGCCAUGAACAUUGACCGGAACAUCACUCAUCUACAGCAUUGCAGUUGUACUGAUGACUGCUCCUCCAGUAACUGUCUCUGCGGCCAGCUCAGUAUUAGAUGUUGGUAUGAUAAGGAUCAGCGGUUACUGCAGGAAUUUAAUAAGAUUGAGCCUCCCCUGAUCUUUGAGUGCAACCUGGCGUGCUCCUGUCACCGCACUUGCAAGAACAGAGUGGUGCAGGCUGGCAUCAAGGUUCGUUUACAGCUCUAUCGGACUGAGAAGAUGGGAUGGGGUGUAAGAGCUUUGCAAGACAUCCCCCAGGGCAGCUUCAUCUGCGAGUAUGUGGGGGAGUUGAUAUCUGAUGCAGAAGCUGAUGUGAGAGAAGACGACUCCUACCUCUUUGACCUCGACAAUAAGGAUGGAGAGGUGUAUUGCAUAGAUGCACGUUACUAUGGCAACAUCAGCCGCUUUAUCAACCACCUUUGUGAUCCAAAUAUCAUCCCAGUACGUGUCUUCAUGCUGCAUCAGGACCUGCGCUUUCCCCGCAUCGCCUUCUUCAGCUCUAGAGACAUAUUCACAGGACAAGAACUGGGGUUUGAUUAUGGGGAUCGUUUCUGGGACAUCAAGAGCAAGUACUUUACCUGCCAGUGCGGUUCAGAGAAAUGCAAGCACUCUGCUGAGGCUAUCGCCCUGGAGCAAAGCCGGCUUGCUCGACUCGAAGCCUGCCCAGAACCAAGCGCCGAUUCCGGAACGACUGUGUUGGGAAACUCGUAGGCCUUUUUUGAGGCCUGAUGCAUGUUUUUUUCUGACUCUCUGGUGUCUUUGUAUCUACUGGGCAUCUUGGUUAUGGGGGGGUGUGUGAUUUUAUUCGCUCACUUGUCACUGAACUGCCGACUGCCUCAGACACAAUAAUGUUGAUGGAGCACCAAAGCACAAGAGAGCAUCCUUUUGAUUUCAUCAUGAUAUGGUUUGCUUUUCUAAUGUAUAUGUACAAUUUUUUAACCCACAAUAGUACUUUGGUGCUGUAAUGUCACCAGAAACAUGCAGCAUACUGACCACCAUACAUUUCUAAGACAUUGUCUACUAAAAGAGAACUCUGAUAUGUGUGAAGUCCUCUCCCCAUUCCAGUCCUAUUGCGUGCCAUUCAACUUGAACUGAACUUCUCAAAUGUUCCAUUUCACUGCCUGGUGAAGUGAGUGUGUAGAUUUUAGCUGGCUAAUUUUAGGGCUGUGUAGAUUUAUUUCUUUGUUAUUUUAUUACAUUAAGGUA